AUGCCAGUGUCACAGCAGUAUGUUUCCAAAAGGACUGAGGGAUGCCGCACCACUCAGAACAUGGAAACAGUAAAUGGUGUGCACAAAACCAUGAGUAAGGACGGCGACAAUGACGACGAGGAUGGAUUCAACAGAAUGGAAGAGCUUAACGACAAUGAGGAGCAGGGGGAAGAAGGAGGGUCGGGGGAAGAAGAGAGCCUUGACGAUAGCCCAAAGAGGAUUGGGACCAAGAUAAAGAAAAUGACAAAAACCCGACAGAGGUUUAAGGUCCGGCGCAUGAAGGCCAACGCGCGAGAGAGAAACCGUAUGCACGGGCUCAAUGACGCGCUUGAGAGUUUGCGUAAAGUUGUACCUUGCUACUCGAAUACUCAGAAACUCUCCAAAAUAGAUACAUUGAGGUUGGCAAAAAAUUACAUAUGGGCUCUCUCUGAGACCUUGCAAUCGGAGGAAAGUCCAGAUUUGAUGUUGUUCGUGCAGGCUCUAUGCCAUGGACUGUCCCAGCCCACCACCAAUCUAGUGGCAGGAUGUUUGCAGCUCAACCCCAGGACGUUUUUACCGGAGCAGGUCCAGGACAUCCCGUCUCAGGUGCACCAAACAUCGACUGCGUCCUUCUCUUUGCACCCCUCCUACCCUUACCCUAGCCCGCCAUAUGGUACAAUGGACAGCUCCCAUAUCCACCACUCCAAGCCCCACACUGUCGACAAUGCGCUUGAGCCGUUCUUUGAAACUACAUUCACAGACUGUACCAGCACCAGCCCCCGGUUCGAGGGACCCAUAAGUCCACCGUUGAGCGUGAAUGGGAACUUUUCCUACAAGCACGAGUCAACGACAGAGUUCGACAAGAACUAUGCCCUUUCGAUACAAUAUGCAACUCAAGGUUUGGCGGGAGUACAAUGUCUUCAUCCUUUUUAUGCAAGCUCAUCAAAGCACUUUGAUAUUCUCAAGGACAACAUGAUGUCGUUUGAGACUCAUCACGAGAGGAAGCUGAACGCUUAG